UAAAAAUCUACAAUGUCUAGUCCUUUUAGGACAAUUUUAUUACGUUUUCAGUUUUAUUUACAUUUUUUACCUUUCUAAAUUACAUUGUAUCACGUGAUCUCCUAUUGAAUUUUAAUUGGUCGACGGUGAGCGUGCCCUGCGCGAUACGAGAGGCGCAAUAAUAGUUUUCCAAAAUGCCGUCGGAAUCAAAGCCUUUGUUGACAGCUCAAACAGAAAAACCAAAUCAUUAUAAAUAUCUAAAGGAAUUUCGGGUGGAGCAGUGUCCAUCGUUUCUACAACACAAAUGUACACAACAUAGGCCUUUUACUUGUUUUCAUUGGCAUUUCAAUAAUCAGAGAAGAAGGAGGCCAGUUAGGAAGAGAGAUGGCACGUUUAACUAUAGCGCAGAUAACUAUUGUACCAAAUAUAAUGAGACUUCGGGUACUUGCGAAGAUGGGGACGAAUGUCCAUACCUCCACCGGACGGCCGGCGACACGGAACGCCGUUACCACCUUCGAUAUUACAAGACAUGUAUGUGUGUACACGAUACGGAUGCUCGAGGGUUAUGCACAAAGAAUGGGGCCCAUUGCGCCUUUGCACAUGGCGCGCCAGACCUAAGACCCCCAGUGCUGGACGUGAGAGAGCUGCAGGCGUUAGAUAACCCCGAUGCGGCAGAUGGGGACUCUGCCGCGCCCAACGCUUUAGAUAGGGAACGAAAUUUAAUGAAUGAAGACCCUAAGUGGCAAGAUACAAAUUACGUGCUAUCAUCAUAUAAAACAGAACCAUGUAAAAGACCUCCUAGGCUAUGUAGACAAGGGUAUGCUUGCCCUCAGUAUCACAAUAGUAAAGACAAACGUAGAUCACCGAGGAAAUAUAAGUACCGCAGCACGCCGUGCCCGAACGUGAAGCACGGCGAGGAGUGGGGCGAGCCCAGCAACUGCGAGGCCGGCGACGCGUGCGGCUACUGCCACACGCGCACCGAGCAGCAGUUCCACCCUGAGAUCUACAAGUCCACCAAGUGCAACGACGUGCAGCAGGCCGGCUACUGCCCCCGGGGACUCUUCUGCGCUUUCGCUCAUGUCGAACCGGAAGACCUCAGUGCGGCUCGCGAGCUCGCAGCCCCGCUCGAAUGCGGCACCAACCUGGCCGACCUGCUGUCGUCGGCGCUGCCGCCCGACAAGAAGUCUGAGAACAGCGUGAGCAUGCUGGGCGCCGCGCUGACGCUGCCGCGGUCGCUGUCGCCCUCCGGCCUGCAGACGAACGGCAGCGCCGAGAACUCGGAGUGCGCGUCCACGUCGAGCGGCGCGUCGAGCGGCGGCCGCGCGCCCGGCCCGCCCGGCGCCGCCGGCGCGCAGCAGCCGCGCCCGAUGCUGUCGCUCGGCUCGUUCGGCGACCCGGACGGCAAGGCGCAGCCGCAGCCGUCGGCGUGGGCGCAGCGGACGUCGUCCACCUUCGACGCGACCAUGCUGCAGGAGGUGGUGGGCAACGCCCUCGACGACCUGCACAUGGACGACCCGGUGAACCUCGUGGCGACGCUGGACCGCGACCUGUCGGACGGCGAGGGGCUGCUGGGCGGGUCGGCGCCCGUGAACAUCCCGCAGGCGCGCGCGGCGCUGCGCGGCUUCAGCCCGCCGGCGGGCGGCUCGCCGCUGCCGCCGUUCCUGCGCUACGCGCAGAACGACACGGAGCGGCUGUUCAACUCGCACGCCAUGAAGCCGGGCAGCUUCGGCGGCAGCGCGGGCCCCUUCGAGUUCGCCACGUCGCCGUCGGCGCCGGCCGAGCUGUCGCGCCUGCGCGAGGAGGUGGUGGCGUCGCGCGCGCUGGCGGCGCGCUGGGACGAGCGCAUCGCGCAGGCGCGCUCGGCCUGCGCCGCGUGGCAGAGCGAGGCCGACGAGGCGGCGCGCAAGGUGGCGCUGGCCGAGCGGCAGCGCGACGAGGCGCUGGGCCACGUGCUGUCGCUGCGCCGCGAGCUGGAGGCGGCGCGCGCGCUGGCCCCGCGCCGCGACGCGCGCGAGCUGCGCGGGCUGCCGCUGCCCGCCAUCAAGGCGCUGCAGGCGCAGGCGCGCACCGACCUGGAGGAGAUCGAGAAGGUGCUCUACCUCGAGACGGCCACCAAGUGCAUGCUGUGCGAGGAGCAGCUGCGCAGCGUCACGCUGGCGCCCUGCAACCACUACGUGCUCUGCGACGGCUGCGCCGCCACCACCAAGGAGUGCCCCUACUGCCAGACGCCCGUGCAGCACCACCAGUAGGGCCGCGGGGCCCGGAGAUGGUCGCUCUCUACUCGUGUGUAGUCUUUCGAAUUUCCGAUGUGUCGCCGGCGGUGCGGGCCCCGGUCCGGAUCGGCGUAUACUUUCGUUGAUAUUUUUUAUAUGUGGAUAGUUAUGGGGUCUAAAUGGAUAUAAUAUAUCACUCGAUAAUAAUUAUAUAGGAGUAUUUAAUUCUAUAGAAAAGAGCAAGACUUAUUCUGGAGAAUUUACUGAAUGAAAUUAAAAGCGAUUUAGGAUUUUUCUAAUAAACUGCCACUGUCGUUUGUAUGACUAUUGUAAGAGAACAUUGUGCAUUUUCCUAUUCGGUGAUUGAAUAUAUUACAUGUUUUUCAGAUUUCAAAGAAAUAUUUGUGUAGUUAAAACGAUAUUAAACUUUUAGAUGACGCGCUUUGCUUAUAAUUAAUAAAAGUAAUAAUAACAUUUGAAUUCGAUCAAAACGAAUGAAACUUAAAUGUAGCGCAAAAAUGACGUACACCGUAACUGCAUGACUAUCAACAUUGAACCAAUGUUACGUGGAGACGGACGCAAACAGUUUUCUACUAAUCUAUAACUAGGAAUAUUCUAUUGAAUAUUUUUCAUGAAACGAAUAUAAUUAGUGCAUGGGACACACAGUAGGAGUUUUCAAUGUUACAGAAUAAAUAUGCUUUUGAUGUUAACAAAUUUUAUUUAGAUUCAUGUACUAGUGGACUGUUGCUUUUACUGAUGGUUGAUCAUCAUAAUAUUAUAGGAUUUAUUGUGGACUUAACUGGGUGGUCAUGCUUGCAACAACGAUCGCGUAAAAGGAACAAUUUUGUAGUGAUUUGAGAUUUUAAAAAUGUAUAUUGCAAAUUUUGAUAUUAGACAGAUAUUGAUGGAAGCACGGCCACAGGAAAUUAUUAGUAAUUAUGGAUUAUUGAAAGAUUAUAAAAGUAGCUUUUAGUUUUAUAUCUAUAUUCAAACAGAUUUUGCUUGUUCAUAGCAGGAUGUGUACUAAUAAAAUCAGACGCUCGGAUCGUUAUUAUUAUUAUUUUUUAAAGUUAUAUACCUGUAAGGACAAGUGCGACUGCUCUGCUUCCUCAGAUUGUUUUAGCACAAUACUUUGCCUUUAAUUACGUCACUUUUAAGGACCAAUAUUGAUAUAUCGAAUACUGUAAGAAGCGCAAAACAUCCGGAAUCUGUUUUUAUUACACAAAGACCAAUUUUUGAUUCGGACAAAUGUUUUAAAUAUCGGGAAUAUGACAUUAGAUGUAUUUGUUUCUCUUUUUGUUUGUCGAAGCGAGAAACUUUAUAUCGUCUGAAGUUGUGUAAGUGACGCACGAUUCAAAAAUCGGUCCUCAUAUUGAUGCAAACGAAGGUACACUGGUUGAGUUUAUUAGUUGUAGCGCAUUUUUUAAGUUUUACAUUCCCGUGUAAUCGUUAGAAGGGUAUAAUUAAUGUUUAUUUCUCUAUUUGGUGUAGGUGUAAUAAUCGGCUGCAUUUAGUAUUAAUCAUUUAUACUUUUAAAAGUGACUUCUGUACAAAAGAGCAGGGAGCCUACUCCCGUUCUCCGUCAGACAGGACUUCGUACUUGACAUUAUCUUUUGAAUUAGUCGAGGAUUACUUAUGUGACAGUCUUUGUUACGGGCGGAGAAACGGAAGGAGAGUCCCAGGCCCGAACAGGGUCUAGAUUUUCGGUUCAACAAAUUUCUACUUUUCAAUUUAGAUUUUGACAAAUCAUCCUGCUGGCAUUUAAAUUAAACCUGUUGUUUAAUUGUUAGUGUAAUACUUGUUAUAGUGAAUUCAUUUUCUCCUCGGAGUACCGUCUUUUGGGUCAAUACCGAUGAAUAUUGACAGCAAUUAAAUCAAUUAUGUUACUCAGCUAUGUGUAUGGCAUAAACAAUUAUAAGCUAUUGUACGAAAAGAAAGCAUUUUAUACAAAAUAUUAUUUAAAUUUUACUACUACAUUAAAAAUAUUUAUAUA